AUGUCGUCGACACCGCAGGUGAUUUUAGUUUUUAGUGGAAAAAGAAAAUCGGGGAAAGAUUAUGUAACAGAUUUACUUCAAAAGAGAUUUGGUGAAAAUGUUUGCACUAUUAUGAGGCUUUCCUCACCACUGAAAGGUCAAUAUGCCAAGGAUCAUGAUUUAGAUUUUGAGAAGUUACUGGAUGCGUCAGAAUAUAAAGAGAAAUAUCGUAAAGAUAUGAUAAGAUGGGGAGAAGAACAGCGACAGAAAGAUCCUGGUUAUUUUUGUCGUUUGGCUACAAGUGGAGAUAACUCUGAUAAACCAAUCUGGAUAAUUAGUGAUGCUAGGAGAAAAACUGAUGUGGAAUACUUUAAAACUAACUAUAGUCAACUAACUAAAACUGUUCGGGUAGAAGCUGAUGAGAAGGUUCGACAAGAUCGAGGUUUUAUAUUCACUACAGGUGUAGAUGAUGCCGAGUCAGAAUGUGGAUUAGAUGAAGGGAUUAAUUGGGAUUAUAUAAUUAAUAAUAAUAACGAUGAGAAUCUAUUGAACUCUACUCUAAAACCUCUGAUACAACACGUUGAAAAUCAACCAAAAUCUUGA